CAACUUCACCUUAUUAUAUUACUAGCGUGCACAUGUUUAAUCCUUUAUUAAUUUACAUUUAGUAAUGGUAAUAGGUUCAUAAUGCUCACCACGAAAACAUUUUUCAAGAAAAAUAGGAAGGGAGGUGUGAUGAAGAUAAAUCGGGAACAUUAUCUUCGAGAUGACAUCUCUUGUGGAUCGGAGAUCUGUGAUAAAUGUGCUUGUAUGGGUGGCAGUACUCCGCUUGAUACUAAGAGCUCCAUUCCAACCACGAUUGUGAAAGGCUGUUAUUAUCUUAUUCCCGAUACAAAUAUUAUAAUGCAUCAGUUGGAUAUCCUCGAAGAUCCCAUGAUUAAAAAUGUUAUAAUUCUCCAAACAGUUUUGCAAGAGGUGAAGAACCGCAACAUCGCAGCUUAUAAACGACUCCAAGACUUAAUAAGCCAUCCAGAUAAACAUUUCUAUAUUUUCUCAAAUGAAUUUCAUCAGUCAACAUACAUUGAACGUGAAGCAGGAGAAUCUUCUAAUGAUCGUAAUGACCGUGCCAUCCGAGAGGCCACAAAGUGGUACCAAGAACAUUUAGAUUCUGUCAGCAAUGGCAAAAAUAAUAUAAAAGUUGUUCUUCUCUCUGAUGAUGUCACCAACAAGCAGAAAGCGGAGGAAGAUGGGAUUCUUGGAUUUAGUAUGAACUACUACAUCAAGAAUUUGAAAAAUGCUACUCAUCUACUUGACAAAUUGGCAUCUCACGAAGAAAACAAUCAUCCUAUUGGAAGAACUUUAUUCCCAGAGCAUUUAUCAUACUCUGAGAUACAGAAAGGUAUUAAACUUGGUAAAUACAAGCAAGGAAAAUUCCAAGCAAGUCGAGAAAACUACCUGGAAGGUAGAGUGAGUGUUAUUGGUGCAGAUGAGAUGGUUUUAGUUGUUGGCCGUGAAAACCUUAAUCGUGCUGUCAAUGAGGACAUCGUUGCUCUUGAAAUCUUACCUGAAGAUGAAUGGACUUGUCCAUCCUCCAUUAUAAUGGAAAAUACAGCAGACGAAAAGAAGGAAGAAGAAGUAGAGGAUGAAAUUAAAAAGUCCAUCAACAAAGUUCCAAAAGAAAAGCGUCAAACAACUGGGCGUAUUGUUGGUAUUAUACGGCAGAACAGACGAAAUUACUGUGGCAUUCUUCAGCUAUCAGAUAUAAAGGAGAAAAAGACCCAUCUCUUCAUCCCAGCAAAUAAGUUAAUUCCUAAAAUUCAGAUCCGCACUGAACAAGGCAAGGAACUUGUUGCACAACGUAUUAUAGUUGUCAUUGAUAAAUGGCCCCAAUAUUCACGAUUUCCUAUGGGACAUUUUGUCAAGAAACUGGGUCCAAUUGGAGAUAAAGAUACUGAAAAUGAAGUCCUAUUAUUGGAACAUGAUGUCCCCCAUUCUGAUUUUUCUCAAAGAGUGCUUGAGUGUUUACCAAAGUUGCCAUGGAUCAUAACAGAUGAGGACUUGAAACAAAGACAAGACAUUCGUCAUAUCAAUAUCUGCAGUGUUGAUCCUCCCGGCUGUACUGAUAUUGAUGAUGCACUUCACUGCAGACUCUUAGAGAAUGGUAAUUAUGAGGUUGGUGUCCACAUUGCCGAUGUAUCCCAUUUCAUCCGCCCGUACACAGCUUUAGAUGAUGAGGCCAAACACAGAGCAACAACAGUCUACUUGACCGAUCAGAGAAUAGACAUGGUACCUGAAUUACUCAGCUCAAAUCUGUGUUCCCUUCGAGAUGAUGGUGACCGCUUUGCCUUUUCGGUCAUCUGGGAGAUGAAUACAAAUGCCGAGAUUAUAAGCACUAAAUUUCAUAAAUCCGUUAUCCGCUCAAAGGCUUCACUCACCUACCAAGAGGCUCAAUCAAGAAUUGACAGUGAUUCUACAGAUGAACUGACUGAAGGUCUACGUCGACUGAACAAUCUGGCAAAGAUUCUAAAGAAGAAGAGGAUUGAAAAAGGUGCCCUCGUGUUAGCAUCAAGUGAGAUCCGGUUCCGCAUUGACAGUGUAACUCAUGAGCCAAUUGAUGUUCAAGCUAAAGAAGUCAGAGACACUAACUCUAUGGUUGAAGAAUUCAUGUUGCUGGGCAAUAUUGCUGCUGCUAAAAAGAUCUACGAAACUUUUGCAGAAUUUGCUGUUCUACGUAGACAUCCUGCGCCACCCCUCUCCAACUUCAAACCUUUGAUAAUGGCAGCAGCCUCCAGGGGAAUUGAAAUGGACUGUACCACGAGCAAGGCAUUAGCCGAUUCUUUGGACAAUGCAGAUAUGGGUGAAGAUAACAAUUCUAAUAUAAUGUUGCGUAUGAUGACAACUCGCUGUAUGAUGCAGGCCGUGUAUUUCUGCAGUGGGACACAAUCAGAAUCGGAAUUUGUUCAUUAUGGUUUGGCAACAGCCAUCUAUACUCAUUUUACUUCACCCAUCAGAAGAUACCCUGAUAUAUUAGUCCAUCGGUUGUUGGCCCUUGCUAUUGGCGCUGAUGCAUCUUAUCCAGAUUUGUUAGAUAAAACCAAACUUCAGGAUAUUUGUCUUCAUUGCAACUUCCGUCAUAAAAUGGCACAAGACGCUUCUCGAACAUCUGUCAAUCUUCACACUCAUAUAUUCUUCAAUGAAAAGAGAUGCGAUGAAGAAGGUUACAUUCUGUUUGUACGUAAAAAUGCUAUCCAAGUACUUAUUCCAAAAUAUGGCUUGGAAGGGACCAUUUAUAUAAAAAAAGAACAGAGUUCAAUUCUUGUCUUUGAUGAUGAGAAAUACCAAAUGAAAGCUGGAGAUGUUGUACUGAAAGUCUUUGAUCAAGUCACUGUGCAAAUUCAUAUUGAUAAAUCCAAUGUACAACAUUUGAGGCUCCACCUUGAUCUCGUUGAACCAAAGAUUCCUGGCUUCAGCGUUCCUCCUGUGUCUACAGAAAACACCCUAGAAGAGCCACCUCAAAAGAAACGUAAAACCUUGUAAACAACACACAUUGAACUAAUCACAGAUUUUAAAACAUUUCAUAUCUUAGUCGUGUCGUUUGUUAAAAUUCUUACUCCUGAAACAGACAUAUAGGGUGCAGAUGAAAAACCUUCCAUAUUUUACACAGCCAUUGGUGUGGCCCUAGUGGAAUUGGGCAUGUGGUAAUGGCAUUUUCAUGUAGCUCAUGUUUUUCCCUUCUUUUUAAAUUUUAUUUUAUUUUGUCAAUUACUACACUGUGCAUUGAUUGUUGAAAUGUUUAUCAAGGAUGGUGAAUCAGAGGAUUUUUGCAUGCACCCUAUACCUACUUCAUCAUCAUCACUAUCAUCAUUAUUAUCAUCCUUCUGACAUCCAUUUUUAUUUGGUUUGUCAUGGGUUGGACAGUGUAUCACUACUUGUUGUAGUUCUUUGUUAUUGAAUUCAUUGAAAUUCAGUAUCCCAAGUUCAGCUUUCACCACUUCUGCCCACAUCUUCCUUGGUCUUCUUCACUUGAGUCAACCUUCAAAUGCAUCAUGUCUUUAUCAGCACAAUCUCCUCUUUUGCACAAUACAUUUGUAAGUGGAUGUCAGCAGCAAAAAAAAAAGAGGUACUAGCAAAGAACGUAGAUUUCC